AUGACUGACAACCCCGAGGAAGACAUUAUUGUUGCGGCCGACCAAGGUCGAUUCGAUCUUGUUACAAAGCUCCUGGAAAACGGCGCAGAUCCAAAUACUGUAAACGACAUCGGAACAUCGGCUCUUCACAAUGCAGCGAAAGGAGGCCAUUGGGAUAUUUCCCGCCUUCUUCUAGCGAAGAAUGCAUCGCCUCGUAUGGAGAAUGGCAACUGCGCAACGCCACUUCAACUUGCCAUAAAAGCCGGUCACAUGCAGAUCGUCCGCCUAAUCUUUGACUCUGAUCCUACUAUCUGCGAAUUCGCUGAGAUAAACCCACCCAAGCUACUACGUAUCGCGGCAGCCUUUGGGCAUGUUGAAAUUGUUCAAAUUCUUUUGGAUCAUAAUGUCUCCUCUUUAGACAACACUAAGGAAAUAACAGCACUUCAUUAUGCUGCUGAACGAGGCCAUCAUGAUGUCUGCGACAUUCUCCUAAAGCACGAUAAGGCUUUAAAUCGAUCAAUAUGGGAUCGAGUCACUGGACCUAGCUUGCAAGUUGACAGGAAGGAUUACGCUGGACAAACGCCCUUCUAUUUCGCCUUUAACAAGAGACAAACGAAGACGGUGGAAGUGUUUUUGCGUCAUUAUCCGGAUUUAACGAAGGCCUUUGAUAAACAUAAGCACCUCCUGUUUCAUGAGGCUGUUCGAUCACGUCUGUUUGAGAUGGUUCAGGUAUUCUUGGAUAAUGGCGUGGAUAUCCAGAUGAAAGAUUAUCAGGGACAGAACUCGUUACAUGUGUCGGUUACCGCUGGCUGUCUUUUUGCGCCGACGUAUAAUGAGGAGACGGCUGAGAUGCUUCGUCUUUUGCUUUCGCGUGGUGCUGCGGUUGAUUUGAAGGAUAAAUGGGGAUAUACUCCGGAAAUGUAUGCUCAAAAUCCGAAGAUCAGAAUGUUAUUGCGCAAUCAUAAAGCGUCAAAGGGGGAUUCGGUGAAAACGAUGCCACGGGUAUCAGCUCCGCCGCCUGAAUACGAGUAG